AUGGCUUCUUCACUUGGGCUACGCUGCUAUCACCACCACUACCACCACCAUUUUGGCGUUGCAGCAGCAGCAGCCUAUCCAAUUCGCAAAGCAAAAGCGGCAAAGCAAGUUCUGUGUUCUCUAAUACUGAAAUCUUCAAAGCCUUAUCACCAUGUCAGUAACAAUAAUCAUUGCUGUUACUAUAAUAGUAACAGUAUUGCUGCCAAAGAAAUUAGAAGCCCUGACUUGGUUGCUUUGGAGUAUGCUGACCUUAAUCUUUCUGAUAAAAUUUCUGGGGAAUUGGGUCAUGUAAGAAUCAGGCAACAUGUAAAUCCUUUGAGUUCCUCUUUCUCUGUGCCUGCACAAGUGCCUGAUUGGAAGGAAGUUUUCAGGGACCCAACGUUGCCACUCAUGGUUGAUAUUGGAAGUGGGAGUGGCAGAUUUCUCAUAUGGCUUGCAAAACGAAAUCCUGAUUCAGGAAACUAUUUGGGACUUGAAAUACGGCAGAAAUAUGGCUACUUGUUCUUAUCUGGUUAUGCUUUUAUCCCUUCGCAGCUGGUCAAGCGUGCUAAUUUUUGGGUAAAAGAGCUGGCUCUUUCUAACAUACAUUUCCUGUUCGCAAAUGCUACAAUUUCAUUUGAACAAUUGGUUCUCACAUAUCCUGGACCCUUAAUGCUAGUCUCAAUUUUGUGUCCAGACCCUCAUUUCAAGAAAAGGCAUCAUAAAAGAAGGGUUGUGCAGAAAGCAUUAGUAGAUUCCAUCAUCAGUCAUUUAGUUCCUGGAGGAAAGUCUGAUGUGCUUGAUGUGGCUCUGGACAUGAGAAACCAAUUUGAUGCAGAGUCGGAUGCACUUCAGCACAUUGAUGAACUUGACCUGAGUGUACUGUGUGAUGAUGAUGGAUGGCUACUGAACAAUCCAAUGGGAAUAAGGAGUGAAAGAGAAAUCCAUGCUGAAUUUGAAGGAGAAAAGGGAAUUGAGGGUUGGAAUGAUCUUGCGAUCAAGGAAGAUAUGACUGAUGCUAGUAAUGAAUCCUCAAAUGGAUAUAAGGUCUCAAGAUCAACAAAUCAGAGCAAGAAAUCAAUGACAGUCAACACCACCGCUAGCAACAUAAGGAUCCUCUUCUGUCUUACAAGAGCAGUUGAAAUGAAAUCAAGUUUACAAGAACGAUUGUAG